GGUGUGUUGCCCGUUGUACUGCACUCUCGCAAACUGACUCAUCUCUGAAGCUGCAACCAACUCCAUUGCGUGUUCUUAUUUUGUUUGCUACUGGCUGUGCUCACCCUCUUAGAUUUUCACAGAACACAGACCCACCAACACACACAGACAUACGCAGACACAUCGAAACAGCACGGUGCACGUGUUCGGUUCGCCACCUCUUGCACCUGUCGUGUAUUUCCCCCCUCUCUUCUUUCGAAGAUUUUAUUUUUUACGAUUCACUGUUUCUCUUGUCAGCUAACCGUAACCAACGUUGUUCUUCAUCACCAUCUGUACCACCAUAAAUAUACUCAUAACAUACCAAACACACACACACACACACACGGACACAAAUAAGCACGGAAUUACAGCGCUGGUAAAUCAGAUCGUUUUUCUUUCUUUUUUUUCUCGUUUGUUGUGUUGUACUGCACAGAGAGAGAGAAAGAGAAAGAACUGUACUUCUCCCUCUAUUGUGUAUCCGUAGACUGUACCUCUCUUAGUAUAUACCUAUUUUUCUGUUCUUUUAGAUUUCCUGCAUCGUACAUUCACGCCUCUUCAUUUGUGGGCUCUUGUUUGAAAAGAAUCGUUUUUGCUAUCACCGUAGAAUUCUUUUUUGCUUUACCUUUUCUCUAGAUCGUAUCUUUCUGUCUCCCACGCACCAGCUGCACAAACAAAGAUAAGGCAAUACCCGAGAGUUGAGCGUUUGCAGAGGAGCUGUGAGCUGUUCUCGCCUCUCGAAGCCUUCUCCCUCAGCUGUUGUUUUUUAUCCUCCCUUUUCUACGCGUUUUAUCGCUGCCGUAGUGUGUUCGCCCCCCUCCUCCAUACCUCCCUUAGUCAUGAACCCUUCCGAAGCAUCCUACUUUGAGGUGACGCGGGCGGCGACGUCGAUGCAGUUCUCGCCAGAUACACCGCCGUGCACUCCCCCGCUGCAGCCAUCGCUGCCAGCCGACACAGCACGCUCCAUGAUGGGCAGCGCCACACGGAACGCCCUUCCCAGCUCCAUGCUCUCGCCAGCAAAGGAGAGACACGCCACAGUGGACGCGCUCGACAACGCCUCACCGCCUCCCCGGCCGCCAAAGUGCGAUGAGCGCGACGGCGACGUGCGACCGGAUGCGGGCGACUCCGCACCCGCUAACGAGCAGCGGCUGUUGCACCUCGAGCCGCCGGCGCCGGACACCCACCGCAAUACCGUUGUCGUUGAUAGCGAAGACGCGGCGACACCGCACUGUGAGCCCCGCCACACACGCGGCCCCUUUCUGUCGCUAGAGUCCUCCGACACCGACAGUCAGGCACUCUUUGCGACGACGCAGCUGCUGAACGCGACGACGAUGCCGCUGGCGCGGUCGGAGGGCAGCAGGGAGAACUCCAGCUCCGUCUUCUCGCCCAGCGUACACCGACCUGUUGCUGCUGCCGCCGCUGCUAUUGCUGCUGGCAACGCGACGGGUGGAGGGCACGGGCGGUGCGAGCCAGAGGACGUGUGGGCACGUGACCCGAGCGACCGUCCCCGCUGCGAGGACCCGGCGAACGGCGCGACAGCGUCGCGAAACACACCGAUGGAGCGUCCACUACCCGCCGAUACGUCCGCCAAGGACCCCGCAAACGGUGUCACCAGCAACGUCGACCAUCAGCACCACCAUGACAACACUGAGUGCUCGGAGAGCGACGACGAGGACGAGGUGGGCCUCUUUCAAGAGACCGUGUUGUUCAUGAACAACACACUGCACUCCCUCGGCAGCACCCGCCACACGCCGAACCGGCAAACACCGCAUCAGACGCCGCUGCUGGCUGGAUCGCCGUCCAGUCCGGUGCCAAGCAGGCCGGAUGCGCUGGGCUCGACACCCACAAAGCCGACACGUCGUAGUGUCAGUGGCGGCUGUCAUGGCAACGUAGACUCGGACGAGUGCCGCCCCGACCGCGACUGCGCAGAGAACAAAAUCGUCGGUGGUGGUGCACGGGGCUACCUGACGCUGCCCUCCGAGAUGAACGCGUCGGCGACCACGACGAGCACGCUGGCGUACCGGACGUGCCCCGCCUCCCCGGCAACCACCUGCAGCCCCGGUGUCUCGGCGCCGUCGCUCUCGCCUUUCCUUGCCACGCAGUUGCCGUGCACCGACCACCCGACGACGACGACCACCACCACCGCGGCCACGGAGGCGACGCACCGCGACAGAAACACGAACGCUGCGAUUCCCAAUGGCAACAGCAACAGCGACAGUGAGUACCUUUUCAUUGACAAUCACGACGGCACGGCGUACUUGGCGGACGCCUCGCUGCAGUUGGAUGGCAGCUACGUGCUCGGCGAGACGAUCCUGCUGGCCCGCAGCGAGGCCGCAUCGCCCAAUUCGACGUCCAUGCGACAACGGACGAACGGCGCCGUCUCGCCUGUCGUCGUGCUGCAGACGGCGGACCGCCUCCCUCCGCAGCACCGGCGGGAGCAGUUCGCCCACCGCCCGCUGCGUGGCACGACGCUGCAGCCGGCAGCAGCAACAGCAGGCGCAGCGAGGGCGGCAGCCCCUUUUACGAGUCCCACCCCCCGCCCACUCGCCGGCUCACCGACGCCCAUGAGCUUCAACGACUCUUUUGCGUCGCCGGUGGCGCCCAGCGUGGCACGCGUGCUCGUGCGCCGCUCGCCUGCUCCGGAGCGUGCUGUCUCCGUGGAGGAGGAUGCCCACCACCACCCGCUCGGUGCUUCCUGCGUGCUGGGCUCGACCUUCAACCACAGCUUCCGCUUUGAUCAGACGCUGCUCGUGCCGCUGGAUGACACGCUGCGGAGCAGUCUGGCCGCGCCAGCUUCGCCGUCGGUGGCGGCUGACCGCCACGGUGGCCCGGCGCCCUCCAUCUACCGCAGCAACGACACCGACGCGCCCCGGUGGGACAGUGGGGCCUCGCCACUGGUGAUGAUGCCGGCCUCGCCCGCCGCUUCUGUCGUCGUCUACCGAAGCGCACGCAGCCCCGCACUGCCCAUGGCCAGCUCCGCCUCUCGCGCCUCGCCGACUCCGCAUGCGCCGUCGGUGACGCGGCAGAUCGCGUCGCAGCAGGCGCGUGCGACCCGCGACACCCGUCCGAGCCGGCCCGAGCAGGACAUCGUUUACCUUGUCCCACCGGGUGCGGCAACCGCCAUCGUGACUCCGGAGGACAUCACGCAGCAGGGGUGGAUUCCUGUACAGGUGGUGGACGUGCUUCCGGCUUCAAAGGGCGGCUCGGCGCCGAACAGCAGCAGCAGCAGCGGCUACGCGCGUAACGGCGGGGGCAAUCCGCCGGUGAUGAUAGAAGGGAGAAUGGUGUCUCCGGUGCCGAAAGACCCGGCCAUGCAGAACGAGCCGGCGGAGGAGGAGGAGGUGGUGCGUGAGCAGAGUCUUUCUCGUCUCUCCUACGGCCGCACAGACGAGCGCCCUGCCAAUGGUACGCUGCGCAACGCCUCCUUCAGCUUCGCCUCGACCCUCUCCGCCUCCACGCUGGACUGCAUUAACCGCCGGUUGAGUUACUCGCUGUCGGACUGGGCCAGCGUGCGUCAGCGCUUCGGCCAUUCGAUGUCCGCCGGGGAUCCCGGCAGCGUUUCCGGCGUGGUGAUGCCCCCCGCUACCCCGCUUACAUUUUCGGUUAUCGGUGGUGAAGGACAGCAGCAGCAGCAGCAGACGACGCCGACGACGGCCUCCGCAAACGUCCAUAUGGACUGCCACUGCAAUGCGGGUGUUCGCCUGGGCGGCGGAGGCGCAGUGCGGGACCGCGUGGAAGGGACGUGGCUCGAGGACGGCCACGACGACGGCGGGUCUCCUGUGCCGCUGCCUCCCCCCGGCACGCCGGAGCCGCCGCAGCGGGAACAGAGCCCGUCCCGGUGCACGACGACGGACGCCGCACCUACCACAACGCACGACACGGCAGAGACGUGGACGGCGGCGGCGGCGGCGGAGAGUCACCUGGCGAACUCGCUGCUCACGAGCAUGAGUUACCAACGCCCGUCGACCAUUACGACCAGCGACGAGUACCCGGGCGACUACUCCAUGAGUCUCCCCCUCACCUCCUCGGCCAGCCAGUCGCUCGGGCUCAACGGCGGACGCGCGCGGUACUCCAAUGCGGAGAGCCUCAGCCUGCUGCACUUCCCCCUGCAGCACCAGGCGUUGCGUGCACCGCACCCCCGCCGCGUCUCCGGCGCCACCGCCCUCUCGCAAGCCGCAUCGUCGUUUUCCUUCCAGCUGCUCGGCGAGCAGAGCGACCAGCAGGGUGCGGGGCUGAGCAGCAAUACCAAUACCAAUUCCAACAGUGCGGCGGCGGCGGCGGCGGCGGCAGCUGCCACGAGCUUCCGCACGACGUACUGCACGAACCCCGGCAGCGUGGCCGUCACCUCGCUAAACCCGAGCGUGAGCGGCGCCGGGCUGCCUCUAUCCCGCGGGGCACUCGGGGCAUCCGUCGGUGCCCGCAGUACCGCCACUGGUGUUGGUGGCGCGACGAGCCGCUUCCCUUCGCACACGCAGCACUACGCCGCAGCUGCCGCAGAGCGACGUCGUGCCGGCCCGACUGGGACAGGUGCUCACGUGAACGCUGCUUCGUUGAGCACCGACAGCUUCGCCGGCCGCUCCGGCGCGGUCAAUCGCAACGUGGCGCAACAUCACCCCUACCUGAGCGUGCAGCAGCGGCAGCAACAGCAACUAGCGCGUCGUGUCGUGGCUGCUGGUGGCGGUGGAAACGGUGGCGGUCUUCGCCGCGCUGCGAAGGCGCGUCUGGUGCCCGACACAUCCGCCUUCCUUCCAUGGUCUCCCCUCACCAUCACCCCGGAGGGUUCGCUCAACCUCCCUCGCAACGACGCGGACGUUGCGGCGGCGAUGACGGACGCGUGCGGGCUUCCCAUGAACCUUGUCCCCUACUCUAGCUCCGCGGAGACGAGUACGCGCACCACAACAACCACCACAACGCGCACCACGACGACCACCUCCGGUGGGGAGAGCCGCAGCGCGCAGGCGGUGGCGCAGCAACUGUUGGACAACAGGGGCGGCAACGAAGCGGUUGAGCUGUCGCCGGAGGCGCUGCGGGCGCUGAACGCUGCCGUCGCCGCCGUGACACGGGCAGCGGACGAGAGCAGCAGCAUCAGCGAGGCCUUCGUGAAGGAGGACGGAACGUUAAACAAAGAUGCGUUCGUAUCGUCGUUCUUGCAGCACGCCGCCUCACAGGCUGCGACCAGCGUCGGCGAUACCAGCGUCAACGCGGCUUCCACCAUGACGACGACGACCACCACCACUGCGUCCGGUGGCGAGAAGAGCUUGGCCGUGUCGCGUGCCUCCAUGACCGCCAGUGAGGUGCACCUGCCGGACCACAGUCGGCGCUAUGACUUCCAAUUCAUGACGCUCAUGGAGGCAACGAUGAACCACUUCCAAGGAUCCGUGUCAGCGGUGUCAGCCUUGGAACCGGAGCCGCAGGCACCAGCACCGGCAGCACCAACAGCAGCAGCAGCACUCUCCGCGACGCACGUCGCGCCAGCGGGGGGUGAAAAGGAGAACGGAAAUGCUGUGCGCACUUCAGCCGCGCGCAAGUCGGAGUCGAUUGACGCAGUGCGUCCUGCCGGGCUGCGUGCGGGCUCGUUGACCAACGCAGCACGUCCCUCCUUCAAAACCCGCUCCCCGUCCCACCACACAACGGCCGAGGACCCCACCGCGACCACGAAGAACGCGACCGCGUAA